GAGGCAGUGCAAGACUUGACCUUGGCGCUGAAGCUGGAGGCAGAAGUGGUGAUCCCAGCAAUCCUCUCCUUAAAGCACGAAGCCCAAGGGCUGAUCAUGCAAUGGCUUCUUCAGCAUGGCAGGACUGUGUUAAGUGAGCUUGUUGAUACUAAAGAACUUGCAAAGGAAGAAACUCUUGAAGACCUUCUCAUGAUUGCAGGAGCUCUAAUUAAAAUUUGCAAGGAUGCACAGUAUCACCUCUUCUAUAUAGAUGUUUUGAUUGCAAGUGGAAAGUAUGAAGAGGCCCUAAUUCACCUUCAGGAGGCACUUGGCCACUCUCUUGCUGGUGAGUUUGCCAAUGCAAGACUAGCUGUGCUUCAGAUGAAGACAAGGAACAUGGCAGUGGCCGCUCACUCAUUCAGCAGCCUAGCUGAGAAAGAUGAAAGGGAGCUGAGGUUUCUCCUGAACUUCUUAGACCAGAAGCAACAGCAACAUCUAUCUCAGGUAGCAGCCCAAGAAGGAAAUAUGCUGAUUAAGGAAUAUCAUUAUGAGAAGGCUCUUCGUUAUUACACCGUGGCUGUCCUGUCAAGCAAGAAUUAUCCGAGAUAUCUCCGACAAAGAGCCAUUUGCCUUAUGCAUCUGAAAAAAUACAACAGAGCUUUAAAGGACAUGGAGAAAGUGAUCGAACAGCAUGGCUGUAACAGCCUUAAAACACGUGUUCAUGACCACUGCUCAAAAGGACACCUGCUCUUACUAGCAUCGGAGGAAGAAGCAACAGUUAAAGAGUAUAUUGAGGCACUGCAGCUGGAAGAAUCUAUCACACUAGGCAACAUCGCAAAAGGCCCUGGUAGGGAAAUUUUAGCCAGAACAUUUCAUAAGAUUGCACAGUAUUAUUUUGAAAUGCGCCGUUAUGAGGAGGCCUGGAAAAUCACAGGUUAUGGUCUCAUAGUUGAUAAAAACAGCACUGAACUUAAGAAGCUGAAAGCAAGACUUAAGCGAGAGGUUUCAGGCUGUAGUAUACAUUAA